CCUCCCUCUCUCGAUCUUGAAUUCUUGAUAGGUGAGCUCAAUCUGAAGAGCUAUGUCAGGCGAGGUAUGGAGAUGGGUAUUAGGUCUAACGUACAUAUUCGCUGUUGCCACGAUUUGGAUUGCUUCCAGCUUUGUAGUCCAGUCUGUGGUGGACGCUGGUGUUUCUCCCUUCUUGAUCACUUUCAUUUGCAACUCAUUGUUCGUCGUUUAUCUUCCCCUCUUUGAGAUCAGUCGAUAUCUAGAAGAUGCAUACGGUAGUAUACUGUUCUGGAGAAGCAAAAGGUCUCAUUUACUUGAACUAGCCGAAUCAGAAAAGGAAGCCUUGCUCGGACAAGAUGUUGUGCAUUCAGAUGCAUCUGAAGUAUCAGGGGUUGUUGUAAGAGAGGAGAGAGAUAGUGAGGAUGGUAAUGGAUUAGAUGAGACGGGACGCUGGACACGUAUGCGAGUUGCUAAAGUCAGCCUUUUGAUAUGUCCGUUUUGGUUUUUGGCUCAGCUCACUUUCAAUCUCUCUCUCAAGUACACGACAGUUACGUCAAAUACAAUCUUAAGCAGUGCAUCAAGCCUUUUCACCUUUUUAGUAUCACUACUAUUCUUGGGAGAGAGAUUCAUGUGGUUGAAACUUUUCAGCGUUCUUCUUUGCAUGUUUGGUACCAUCAUUGUGAGUAUUGGUGACUCAGAAUCUGACUCAACUGCAACAGCUAAAAACCCACUUCUUGGAGAUAUCCUCUCUCUGGUCUCAGCGGCGCUAUACGCUGUCUACAUCACUCUUAUACGCAAAAACCUUCCAGAUGAUAAUGAGAGAAGUGGCAGCUUCAGUAUGGCUCAGCUUCUUGGGUUUCUAGGUCUCUUCAACUUCUUCAUCUUCCUACCUGCUGCUUUAUUACUCAACUUCACAAAGCGAGAAUGCUUCGACGCGCUAACCUUGGAACAGUUUGGUCUAGUUGUUGGCAAAGGUUUGUUAGAUAAUGUGCUCAGUGACUACCUAUGGGCGAAGGCAGUACUUCUGACAACAACCACGGUGGCGACGGCUGGGCUAACCAUUCAGGUUCCAUUGGCAGCCAUUGUAGACAGCUUAUCAGGGAACAAACCAAGCUUCACCGACUACAUUGGAGCUGCUGCUGUAAUGGUCGGCUUUGCAGGCAUUAAUAUUCCUUCAGAAUCCAAAGAGACAGCUAUUGAGUUGGAACCUGAGACUGUAGUGUCCUAAUUGUUUUCUAAAUUGUUGAAUACAAAUGCAG